AUGUUGGCAGAAGGCAUCCUGACUAGCCUCGUAUAUAAAGCAAGCUAUCAUCAAGAUAAGCCUCGCAAAUCUCAUGCAUCCAAAAAGGAUAAAGAGGGAAUCUGGAGACAGAAACUUGUAGACAACCCAAAAAUUCAAGGCUUUGCUGAUGGACAUGGGAAACAAAGUGAGAUCUCUGCUGAAAGCAGCAAAAUGGAACACAGGAGUUGUCCUCAACGGAGAUCCGUAAAAGAGGUACCUGCAAAAGAUGAGAAAGUGCUUGUUAAAGGAACUGUCUCACCCGCUUUGUACAUCCCCAGAAGAGAACAGAACACCGAGCAGAUGGAUUUGUACACAUCCUGGUCCUGCAACAGCAUUUACCAAAACUACCCCGACUUGCAGAUUGGGGGAGACCGUGUGGGGGACCAUACAUGUGAUUCCGGCUGCGUUUUGGACCACAUGUGUGAUGAACUUCCUGAUGGCCCUGUUCUCCUGUCCACUGAUAUUCCCCUAGGUCAGUCCCCUCUGUGCGAGCAGCCCGAAAAGCCGAGUGCAACGUCCCUGUCCAGGGAUGAAGCUGGAGAACGGAGCAUCAUGCUCUGUGAGGAGCCUCUCUCCAACUCCAUGCUCAACAAGUACAUGGAAACAAAACUGACAGAGCUCUAUAAACAGGUUUUGGAGGAAAACUUGACCAGAUGUGGUUCUGUAACAAACCUCCUCACUUGCAGUUUCAUAAGGAACAACCUGGAUCAGUUAAGCUUCCAGAUAUCCCAGGAGCAGAAUAUAGAAACAGCAAAAGCCAGAGAAGUGCUCUUGCACUCUUUAGCCUGGCUUAGUUUGCACAACACUACCAACAGAAAUAGCUCUGAAUUUAGUACUCCAAACUUACAAAUCUCGAACCCAGCAUGCAGGAAAAAGAGCUGCAGGGUGCAGUUUACAUCCUGA